CGGAAAUGCGGACCUAAACCCCACCCGAGAACGUCACGUUAGCGUGACGGCCUUGUUUAAGCCAGGCGAGGUCAUGAUGCCAGCCCAAGUUGAGCAAGGGCCGGGCGGUUUCAUGCCCCUUACCCCUGCGACUGAUAAACAAAAGGGGCCGUCCCGCCCAAAACUUCGAAGAUUCAUUACUAGAUUCGGGUCUGGCUCACUCAGCGGUAAGAACAAAGCUACUUUGGCACCCCGCGCAGGCGACGUCCCGUCACAUCGCCGCUCUCAGACAGUCGAUGCCCACAUGAACACCGAACAAAUGAACAUGAGCCAUGGUCCACCGCCUGGAUCACGUCUUAGUGAUCCUUUCUCUCUCAUCGAAAUUAUGGAUGCACGAAGCCGAUCUUCUCCCCUGUGGAUUCCUCCCUUCCGACGCGUUGCCAUACCCCGUCCUGCCGAACCCAAAAAGAUGUCUCUCCUUCCCCGAUUAUUGCAAGCCAUGUCACCAUCUCCCUCGAAGAGGAACAAAGAUAUGGUAACUUGGCCUGAGUACGAUGACGAUGGUUAUCCCUUUCCUCUUGAUGGGGAGGAGGGGGAACUUGUGGAGGAUGAAGGAUGUUAUGAAUCUGAUAUCAUCCGCACCGCGGCUCUUCUUGCGAUCCCGCUCCCCACCAGGAUGGACAUCCUCUACCUCCUACCCCCAGAGAUUUCCUUGGAUAUUCUUACCUAUUUGGACCUCAGAUCCAUCCUUGCGGUAACUCUUGUAUCCAAGUAUUGGCACUUCCUGGCCACCGACCGCUUUGUCUGGCGUGGACUAUUCAAGAAGCAGACGAGGUGGGGGCUAAAAGGCCUGCCUAUGGGUGACCCUCUCUCUCCCCCUAUCCCUUGUGAGGUUAAGGGCCUUCGGUUUCAUAAGCCUUCAAUUGUCUCCCGAACGAACAGACCAUCUUUGGUUUCGUAUCGUUCUAAUGAAGGGAAAUGUCCACCUUCGUGUCUGGACCUCUCUGUUGACUGGAAAUAUUUGUAUCGCACGCGAGUGGAGCUAGAUCGUAGAUGGAAUAAGAUGGAGCCGAAGGUCACUAGAUUGGCGGGUCACACAGACAGCGUUUAUUGUCUGGAGUUGUCCUCCACAUCUAUCAUUACCGGCUCGCGCGACAAGCAAAUACUCGUUUGGUCUCUUCGCUCUGGGAAGCAAAGCGGUGUUCUUAGAGGACACGAAGGGUCUGUCCUCUGUCUGAAAUACGAUUCUCGUUCUGCCCUUCUGGUCAGCGGAAGUUCAGAUCGAAGAGUUUUGGUGUGGGACUUGUCGACUAUAUGUGUUGGGGGUCAAGCAGAAACGCCCGACGAAGGGGUGGCUGUUGUAAGACCGAAGAGAACCCUCACUGGCCAUACUGGCGGUGUCCUCGAUGUUAAAAUGAACGAUGAAUUUAUAAUAAGCUGCUCUAAGGAUACCACGAUUCGCGUCUACUCGAAACAAACGUUCGAACACUUACAUACUCUUGCAGGCCACACAGGACCCGUCAAUGCUCUCGGGUUGUCCGGCAACCAUCUCGUCUCCGCUUCUGGGGAUGGGACACUGAUUCUGUGGUCUCUUCCCCUAAUCUCUUCUCCUGCCUCGAAUUCGGAUUGCGCACCCUCCCGCCUUAGAACUCUUUCUGGGCACACACGAGGCCUUGCAUGCGUUGAUUUUCAUGGGGAUAUCGUCAUCUCUGGCUCAUCUGAUAUGUGCAUUAAAAUAUGGAGCGCAAAGAGCGGAGAGUGUUUGACUACCUUCAAGGGACAUGACGCACUUGUUAGGAGUUUAGAGUACGAUCCACUAAUGGGAAGGCUUGUAAGUGCAAGUUAUGACAGGAAAGUAAUCGUUUGGGAUGUCAAAGUCGAUUGGGUGGAACUCGGGAAUGGAGGGGGAAACGCUAAGGAUCUCGAAGCCGAUAUUCAGGUGAAGAAAGUCAGGGAAUAUAGCGGUUACCAUUCUCGUUAUAUAUUCGACGUCAAGUUCGAUGCUUCGAGGAUAGUUAGCUCAUCCCACGAUCGGAAGAUAAACAUUAUGGACUUUGGAACUAAUCUUGAUGUAUCCUUGUUCUUGUAAUCCUUACUCACAAUGUAUCUUUACUGUAUUAAAUGC